AUGCCACAGAAAGCGUAUGUUGUCGGCGUCGGCAUGACGGCUUUUGAGAAGCCUCGAGGUCGCGUAGACUACCCGGAGCUAGCAGUCGAAGCAGGCACGAAAGCGCUCAUCGAUGCCGGCAUCACCUACGACGAAGUACAAUCUGCCUACGCCGGCUACUGCUAUGGCGACUCGACAUGCGGUCAAAGAGCUCUCUAUGGCCUCGGCAUGACUUCUAUCCCCAUCUUCAACGUCAACAACAAUUGCUCGACGGGCUCGAGCGCAUUCUUGCUGGCUACCCAGGCAGUACAGCACGGCAUGGUCGAGUGUAGCAUGGCUAUAGGCUUCGAGAAGAUGGCCGCCGGCUCGCUCUCGGCGACUUUUGAAGAUCGCACGAACCCGCUUGAGAAGACGAUCGAGCUCAUGGGCGAUGUCGUUGGAAUCUCGGCAGGUCCCUUCGCUGCCCAGAUCUUCGGCAAUGGCGGUCAGGAAUACUGCGAGAAGUACGGCGCGACCUGGGAGCAUAUUGGCAAGAUCGCUGCCAAAAGCCAUAAGCAUUCGACCAAGAACCCUUAUUCACAGUUCCAGAAUAACAUGACGCUCGAUCAGGUCAUGAAGGACAAGCCAGUCACUGAGCAACUUACUCGAGGCAUGUGUUGCCCUACGAGCGAUGGGGGUGCAUGUGCUAUUGUCACAUCCGAGGCUUUUGUCAAGAAGCACAAUUUGCAAAACCAAGCAAUCGAGAUUGCCGCCUCGGUCAUGGCCACCGAUUCACCACGACUGUUCGACGACAGGAGCUGUAUCGAGCUGGCAGGUAGCGACAUGACACGAAGAGCCGCUCAGGAGGCUUACAAGAUUGCUGGUGUGGGACCGGAAGAUAUCAGCGUGAUUGAGUUGCACGACUGCUUUGCUGCCAACGAAUUGCUGGUCUACGACGGGCUCGGACUCUGCAAACCGGGCGAAGCCCACAAGAUUGUCGAAAAUGACGACAACACGUAUGGUGGCAAAUGGGUCAUCAAUCCCAGUGGGGGCUUGCUCUCCAAGGGGCACCCGCUCGGAGCAACAGGGUUAGGUAUGAUCUUCUAUCUAACGAAUCAGCUGCGCGGAUGGGGUGGCGACAUGCAAGUUCCCGAAGUGGUCCCUGGCAAAUCUGGCAGAGAAGCGUAUUGCCUUGCUCACAACCUCGGUCUGGGUGGCGCUGCCGUCGUCACCAUUCUGAAGCGUCCCGCAUCUUACAAAGUUGGCGGCAAAGAUGGGAGGGAUCGUAUGGGAUACAACCAUGGGGCAGAAUGCCGUCCCGUCACUCAACAAGACAUCGACAGAGCCAAGUCCCAAAAGAGUUAUUCGCCAUAUGCCCGCGCCAAUUUGUAA